UGUUUCACACAGGCCCUCUGUUUGGACCUGAUUGUCCAGACUGAAGUGGUCUGGAUCGCAGCCGUCUGUGCUCCAGUGGUCAUUAAAGAACAGGGAUGAACCCUGAACUGGAGGCGAUGGACAUCAUCGGCCAAUAGGAGCCAUCAUUUGCUAAAAACAAGAUAGUACAUUUUAAAUUAGGCUACAUUCCUUUCUUUGUACAUUCAUGCCAAAUUUCUGGAAUUCCCUUUGUUCCAUUAUUUUGAAAAUCCCUACCGGAAGUGGCUGAGUGUUUCACAGUAAACUUGACGGUUGCACACAAAGCUGCGGAGGGGCUGACAUCUCCUCUGCACAUCCAGCUCUGUGUUUAGACACUGCUGUGGAUACACCACCUCACCGGCUCUGGCUUUAAAUAUUUCAUUUCAACGCUUUUUGAUUUUUGAUUUUUUUUUUUUAAACCCCACUUUCAUGGAAGUUAAAAAAAAAAAAAAAACGGGAUGAAAACGUCUGAAGUGGAAUUUAAAUGAAGUCUUUCUGUUUUUCUUCCACCGGAGGAGAAUUUAAAGAUGAAAAGUUUGCUCCUUGUCACGCUGUGUUUCUCCACCUGUCCGCUCAUGGUGGCCGGACGACACCCGACCUGUAACUUUAUGUUGGAGGUGGAGAGAGACCAGGUGGAGUGUCUGCGGAGGCUGAAGGAGGAGGAGGAGUCAGCGGGCAGUAGUACAGGGUCGGGAUGUAAAGGCGAGUGGGACAACAUUGCAUGCUGGGAGAGAGCUGAGUCCGGAAAGACUAUCACCAUCCCGUGUCCCCGAGUUCUCAGGACAGUUUUUGGCAGAAAUGGUAACAUUAGCAGGAACUGCUCGUCAGGGGAAUGGUCGGAUGUUUUCCCGAACAUCUCCAGCGUGUGUGGGUCAGACACCAGCAAGGACAAGCUGGUCUUCUAUGUGGUCGUGCAGACGCUGUACACUCUGGGUCACAGUCUGUCGCUGAUCGCUUUAACCACAGGGAGUGCCAUCCUCUGUCUAUUCAGAAAGCUCCACUGCACCAGGAACUACAUCCACCUCAACCUCUUCUUCUCCUUCAUCCUGAGAGCCGUGGCGGUGUUGGUGAAAGACGACAUCCUCUUCAACAGGAACUCGCAGUGCUCCAACCAGCCGUCUCUGGUUGGAUGUAGAGCCAGCCUGGUGUUUUUCCAGUACUUCAUCAUGGCCAACUUCUUCUGGCUGCUGGUGGAGGGCCUUUACCUCCACACUCUGCUCGUCGUCAUCUUCUCCGAGAACAGACGCUUUAUCAUCUACAUGUUCAUCGGCUGGGGAAUUCCAACGGUGUUCGUCUUUGCAUGGGUGAUGAUGAGGGUCUACUUGGAAGACACUGGAUGCUGGGAAAGAAAUGACAACCCCAUACCCAACUGGGUAAUCAAUGGACCAAUUGGAUUCUCUAUUAUGGUGAACUUCAUUCUGUUCAUCAGCAUCAUCCGCAUCUUGGUUCAGAAGCUGAGGUGUCCAGACGUGGGUGGAAAUGACCAAUCGCAAUACAGGAGGUUGGCCAAAUCCACUCUCCUGCUCAUCCCUCUGUUUGGGAUCCAUUAUGUGGUAUUCGUGUCUCUCAGUGAAUCCAUUGCAGAAGAUUACAAAAUAUUCUUUGACCUGGCCCUCGGAUCCUUUCAGGGUCUGGUCCUGGCCAUUCUGUACUGUUUCCUCAACAGUGAGGUUCAAGGUGAGCUGAAAAGGAAGUGGCGGAGUAUUUGUCUGAACUGUCGUCUGAGCAGAGCGCACCACCUGAACAGCACCCUCACCUCCAGGAACAGUUCGGAGCACAUGGUGCACUUUCACAGGAACUCCAGAACUCAGUCCAUCCUACAGUCAGAGACCACGGUGCUGUGAGGGGAAAAAAAUAGUCCACCUGGGUUGAACAAUUUACAAAGUAAAUGUGAAUGUGAAGUCACGAUCCACAUGGUCGGGAGCUGCACAUUACUUCAGAGCAGAUUUUGGUUUUAGCUUUACAAAUUUCUGCAAGCCUUCAAAUGGACCUUAAGUGGACCUUCAGCCUGACUCGGCCAUCCCAUGACUGUGUUUUUGUUUGAUGCAAACAAGGAACCAUUUUCAUUUUUUAUAUGCCAUGAGCAGAUGUACAGUUACACUUUGUUGCACUGAUUUGACAGGACCUGUGCUCAUGUGUUUGGCAAGAAAUAUACCUCCAUUAUGUUACAUAUUUGAUAUACACCUGUUAAAUAUAAUGAUAUAUGUGUGUGUAUAGGAGUGCUAUUCUCCUAAUCAUGGUUAGUAUCACAGUAGCAGCCAUGUCAGGGUCAUAAUAUUAUGACCGUGUGGUUGCUGCAAUUAAAAAAACUUAAGGGAGAAAAAAUGUAUUUGAUAAAGCCUGGCACUGUUUUUGUUUGCAAGUUUAUUUAGCCGUUAAGACAUAUACACUCCUGAAAAUAUCUAGAAAAUUGCAGGGGGACUGCUCUUGAUAUUCUCCUGACCUGGCUGUUCACAUAUGGUCCUCAAAGCGGGAGACUAUCACUGUCAGAUGGGGUUUUGAAAUUUGAUUUGAUACAACUUCAGACCUUGAGCUGUGCUGGAAAUCAUUCAUUUAUGGUGUUAUAUGCAAUAGUACUAUACAGUGUUAGGUAUGUUUCAAACUGGUUUAUGUUGUGAAAAAAAGAAGCUUAAAGUCAACAGUCUGUGAUCUACAUUUUUAUUUGCGCCAGCUGAGGCGCAGAAGAGUUAAAGGAGAGGGGCCAGUGGAUACAGUAACAUUAAAGAUAAUUACUUUAUUAUGAAAGGAAAUAAUGUUGGAUUUUGUUCAUGAAGCAAGUGUCACGCUUUUGCCUGUUUGCAUUGAUUUUUGUGUUCUUGAUUCUAAAGUGAAUUUUGUCAAGAGAUGACAAGAAAAAAGUCAUAGCUUGCUUAGUGCAACGUGACCUAUAUGUCUUUUACAUGUCGUUUUUCACUGUCACAACAAGACAAAAAAAAUCUGGUGACACUUGACGGAAGGAGAACAGAUUAACCGUUUAUUUUAAGGUAACAUGAAACUAAUUACUGCUUUAUCACUCCCUCUGGCUAUGAGUUUUGUUGGAAAAACAUAAAGGACUAGAGGUCCUUUGCAGGUCCAAAUAAUCUGGAUAACAUCCUACCUCCUAGAGGGAGGAAUACACCUGAGUAUUAUCUGCAUAAAAGUCGACUUUUUACUUUGAGGAUGAUGUUUUCAUGUAAUUUUUGAUUGAAAAAAAAAAAGAGGACCGAGGAUUGAACCUUGUAGAAAACUACAUUUCAGAUAAGUUCGUACAAGGACCCACUCAUACACGAGAACAAAUAUUCCACAAUUAAAGAUAAUUUUACAGAGUCCAAAAUAAUCCCCAUGUUGAGAAGUAAACAUCAAUGGACAAAUAACUUGUUGUAAAACUCUUGUAGAUCAUAAUCUUCCCAGUUGUCAAAUUUCCAAAUGACUGAUUCUAAUUGAUUAAUUGCUUUUACAUACACAUAAAUAGAGAACUGAAUUAAUUAGUUAUCUCAGCUUUAAAUCUGGUUUUCACAGGAAUAAAAAUAUGUGUAUUCCUAUGGGGGAAAAUAAAUUAUAACAAUUUAACCAACAGCACAUCAGGUCCAUACUUAAAAAAAAUAAAAAUAAAGUGUACGCCUUAAGAAAAGUGACAUCAAGCAUACUACAAAUACAUUGUCAUCAUGUUCCUCUUCAUCAGACAUCUCUGUGACUUGUUAGUGGUUGAGCGCAUUUAAAACCCUGAGGACAACUCAGUGCUGGUUUGUAGAGUGAUUUCAUAUUUAAUGUUGACUGACAUGAUGUUGAGUAUCAGGUCUUUAUUCAACCUGUGUAAUCUGAAAAGAGACACCAUGAAUGUCAUGUAAAAGAUGUUUGAUAAAGGCUAUCUUUGUAAAACA